AUGGGGUACAGGACUUCUGUGUGGAGCCCCUAUGGGACUGCUAGAAAAGUCACCUCCCUCUGCCAGCUCCUGGGACGUUCCUCCAUGGAGAGCAGCAUCAGUGGGGUCCAUGAAGAAGAAGCUGGAGCAGUGGUGCUGCAGAAGCAGCAGCAGUCGACCAGCAAGACAACGGGUGUAGGGCACAUAUUGGUUGAAGCAUGUCAGUUGGUGGUGUCUGCCAAAAGACAUUUUCCAUGCGGAAGCCAUACAACAUGCCUCCCAUGGGCAUUUCAUUGUGACAGCAUAAUUGACUGUGAGAAUGGUGCAGAUGAAGAGAACCAUGGUCUCCACCAAUACCCAGGAGGUUGCAGCUGCAUGGAAACAGAACUAGAAUGUGCUCCUGUUAAUUUAAAGUCUGUUCCACUUCUUUCAAGAAAUGUAACCCUCUUGUCACUCACACACAACCAGAUAAAUUCUCUUCCAGAUGAAGUUUUUGGCAAGUAUACAAAGGUGAAGAAAAUAUUUCUGCAACACAAUUGCAUUCAGACAACAUCAAGGAACACAUUCUUUGGACUAUGCAAACUUCAGAAAUUGUAUAUCAGUCAUAAAUGUAUCACUAGUUGGAAACCUGGGGUACUCAGAGAACUACACAAAUUGAAAUGGCUAAUUCUAGGUUAUAACCCAAUAAUGAAAAUUUCACAGCAGUUGUUUACUGGGCUAAAGUCUUUGGUUUUUUUCGAACGCCUACAGGAAACUCAUGAUCUAAACUGGAAAUUCUUGGAUACAACCAGCAGACACCUAGCAUCUCCUUUUAGAAAACUGAAACAAUCAAUGAUAAACAAUUCACUUGAGACUCUGUCCAAGAUCUGUACUCAAAUGCCUCUUAUUAACUGGAUGGAUUUUGAAGGCAAUCAUAUAACCUUAACUAAUACCACCUUCCUGGAAUACGAUGCACUGACCGUAUUGGAUCUGUCCAGCAACAUGAUUACAAAAUUAUGACGUUAUAUUUUUAUAGACCUAAAGUAUUUACAAAAGCUGGAAGCUAUAAUAUAUCUUUCUUUUAGCAAUCUGUCUUUCAGUCCACUUUCUCAGUUCUCUGAGGAUCGCUUUGAAAGUCUUCAGCAGCUGCAGUCACUAGACCUGGAAAUGAUCGAGAUUCUGAAUAUAAACAGAAUAAUGUUUCAAUGUAUGAGGAACCUCUCCCACAUGUAUGUAUGCAAAAUAAAAGAAAGAAUAAUUAAGGGGCAGCAUUACAUGUUCAUUUCUUUACUUUCAGCUACUUCAAAAAGUUUCACUUAUUGUUUCUAUGCACUCCACGUGCGACUACACACAUCAUGAACAGAUGGGAUUUCAUCAUUUGAAGAUCUCUUAGUUAACAAUGUUCUGAGAACAUUUUUGUGGGUCAUAGCUUGUGUUACAUGUUUUGGAAAUCUUGUCAUCAGAAGGAGAUCAUUCAUCCAAGCAGAAAAUGAGAUGCACACCAUGUCUAUGAAAAUGAUGGCAUUCAUCACCACGCUACCUACAGAGGUCUGAGUCCUGUUGUUGACAUAUCUGACCUUGGAGAAGUAUUUAGUGGUUGUCUUUCUCUUCAUUAAUAUCCGUCCUGGAAAGCAGCAGUCAGUAGCGUUUCUUACAUCCAUAUGGAUUGCUGUAUUUGCCAUAGCAACAAUCCCAUUUUGGGAUGAGGAUUUUUUUGGAAAUUAUUACAGGAAAAAUGGAGUUUGUUUCCCACUGAAUUCUGAUCAAACUGAAGAAGUUGGAGGCAACAGGUAUUUCCGUGGUGUAGUUCUUGGUGUGAACCUGCUAGCCUCCAUCAUCAUAAUGUUUUCACAUGUCAGCACGUUUUAUUCUGUUCAAUAAACUGCCCUUCAGACAUCAGAAGUAAGAAGUCACAUUCACAGGGAUGUUGCUGUGGCCAAUCGAUAUUUUUUUAUAGUAUUCACUGAUGCCAUCUGCUGGAUUCCUGUCUUUGUCAUUGAAAUCCUCUCCUUAUUCCAGGUGGAAAUUCAAGACACUGUCCGUUCCUGGAUAGUGAUAUUUGUUCUGCCAAUACACAGUGCCUUGAAUCCCGUUCUCCAUACUCUCACAACUAGUUUCUUCAAGGAGAAGUUGAAGCAGUCACUGGACAAUCAUUGCAGGAGGGCAAUUUUCAAAAAUGACAAAAAAACUUUGGCCACUUCAGUCAUCCGGACAGACGAUCCCCUCACCCAUUGCUCUUCAUUUAUGCUUGGAUUUUUAAAAAAUAACUCCUGA